AUUUUUUUAAUGUUUCGCAUUUUGAAAUUGUUCGUAAAAUAAAAAGUUUCGUUUUUCAAAAUUCGCGGCAUUUCAUUUCAUUCUAUUUUAGCAAAUUCUAAUCCCCAAAGUUUCGAUUUCCGUUUUUAUCAACAGAAUCGGACACGUUCCAGUCCUUUGUUUUGUUCGCCGCUCAUUUUCUUUUUCUCUAUCACCUCAAGAAUUUUGCAGUUCCGAUAUUCUUUUGGCUUUCUCUUUGCGCCUUUAACACGAGAAAUUGAUGAUGAAUAUCUAAAAAUAACUUAUUUUUUGGAUUGGUUUUAGGGUUUUUUCCCCCUCUCGGAAGUGAUGUUGUCGCCUACGACUCUAGCGAGAAGUUCGCUGGAAGAGAUGUUAGAAUCUCUCCGGCUACGAGACAAUUCCGAUAGGCCCAAAGAUUUACCGCCGGCAUUACCUUCUCGACCACCAUCAAGGGCAAGGAUUCGAUCGGGACGCUGGUCUGCUCAGCCGAACUUCAAUACCGAUUCUAAUAGCGAAAGCGGUGGUGAAGGGCAAAGGAAAGAAAAUGAGUUGCGAGUGAAGAGGAAUACCUUUUGGAACAAAAAAAGGAGGAAAGAUGUGAAUGUGGAUUCGCCAUAUAAUGUGGUGGCAGUGGAAGGAAUUGAAGGAGAGGAAAGGGUGGAGGAAACGGGGGUUUUGGAGGGGAGUGAUAAUAUCGGGUAUUUUAUUGAGAAAAAACUUCGUGUUUGGUGUCGGCAAUCCAAUGGAGUGUGGGUAUCUGGAACUAUACAUUCUACAUCAGGGGAAGAAUCAUUUGUCUCCCUUGCCAAUGGAAAUGUUGUUAAAGUCUCUACCUGCCACCUCUUUCCUGCAAACCCAGAAAUUCUGGAUGGUGUGGAUGAUCUCAUGCAUCUUAGUUAUUUGAAUGAGCCCACAGUUUUUCACAAUCUUAAAUAUAGAUAUUCUCGUGAUAUGAUAUAUAGUAAAGCAGGUCCAAUUUUGAUUGCAGUCAACCCAUUCAAAGAUGUCCAAAUUAAUGGGAAGGAUAUUGUCACGGCUUAUAAACAGAAAGCUACAGACAAGCCUCAUGUUUUUGCUAUAGCAGAGAACGCUUAUAAUGAGAUGAUGAAUGAUGGAGUAAAUCAAUCUCUGAUGAUAAGUGGCGAAAGUGGAGCUGGGAAAACUGAGACGGCAAAAUUUGCGGUGCAAUACCUAGCUGCCCUUGGAGGUGGCAAUGUUGGGAUAGAGUGUCAAAUCCUCCAGACAAGUUGUCUACUUGAAGCAUUUGGAAAUUCAAAGACAUCUAUGAAUGACAACUCUAGUAGAUUUGGGAAACUUAUUGAAAUUCAUUUUACUGCAGCAGGGAAGAUAUGUGGUUCCAAGAUUCGAACUUUUCUUCUGGAAAAGUCAAGAGUAGUUCAGUUGGCCAAUGGUGAAAGGUCCUACCAUAUCUUUUAUCAGCUUUGUGCUGGUGCUCCGCAAGCUCUAAGGGAGAGACUGAAUCUUAAAAUGGCUAACGAGUACAACUAUCUGGCCCAGAGUGACUGCUUGGUGAUUAAUGGUGUUGAUGAUGCUCAGAGAUUUCUUAAGUUUAUGGAAACCUUAGAUAUUUUUCAAAUUAGCAAAGGAGAGCAAGAUCAAGCAUUUGCAAUGCUUGCAGCAGUGUUAUGGUUGGGAAAUAUAUCAUUUCAUGCUAUUGAUUAUGAAAAUCAUGUGGAGGCAUCAAAUGAUGAAGCUUUAAUCAAUGCUGCCAGGCUGAUCGGUUGUGAACCACAUGAACUGAAGGAAGCUUUAUCUGCGCGUAGAAUCCAAACUGAAGAGGGUAAUAUUGUUGAAAAGUUUACAAUGCAGCAGGCCAUUGAUGCAAGAGAUGCUUUGGCAAAAUUCAUCUAUGCUAGCUUGUUUGACUGGCUUGUGGAACAAAUAAACAACUUACUUGAAGUGGGCAAACAGCACACUGGCUGGUCCAUAAGCAUCCUUGAUAUUUAUGGGUUUGAGUCAUUUAAGAAGAAUAGCUUUGAGCAGUUUUGUAUAAACUAUGCAAAUGAGAGGUUGCAACAGCACUUCAACCGGCACAUAUUUAAGCUUGAGCAAGAGGAGUAUGAGUUGGAUGGAAUUGAUGGGGUUAAAGUUGAUUUUGCAGACAACCAAGAGUGCUUGGACUUAUUUGAGAAGAAACCGAUAGGGCUACUGUCCUUAUUGGAUGAGGAUUUGCAUUCCCCUGAUGCAAAUGAUGCAACCCUUGCUAAUAAGUUGAAGCAAAACCUCAAUGGUAUGGCUUGCUUCAAAGGAGAUAAAGGCAGGGUCUUUGGUGUUCGACAUUUUGCGGGAGAGGUACUCUAUGAUACAAAUGACUUUUUGAAGAAGAACCAAGAUUCACUCAACCCUGAGUUAAUCGAACUUCUUUCAUCCUGUAACGGCCAAUUGCCACAAUUAUUUGCCAUUAAAAUGCUUAAUCAAACUUUGGAACCAGCAACUUCAUUGGAUUCUCCAAACCAAAGUGUCAGUGCAAAGUUUAAGGGUAAACUCUUCAAACUAAUGCAGCGGUUGGAGAAGACAAAACCUCACUUUAUUUGCUGCAUAAAACCAAAUCGCAAGCAGCUCCCUGGCAUGUAUGAAGAGGAUCUUGUCUCACAGCAGCUUAGAUGUAGUGGAGUUUUGGAGGCUGUUAGAAUGUCUAGAUCUGGAUAUCCUACUCGAAUGACACAUCAGGAAUUUGCAGACAGGUAUGGUUUCCUACUGUUAGAAACCAAUGAAUCUCAGGAUCCUUUAAGUAUUUCAGUUGCUGUUCUAAAACAAUUUAAUAUGCUCCCUGGAAUGUAUCAAAUUGGCUACACCAAACUGUAUCUUCGAAUUGGGCUGAUUGGUGUAUUGGAGGAUAGGAGAAAACAGGUGUUGCAAACAGGGAAGUACACUGAUGAGGCAAAUAAGGGAAGUACACUGUUGACUGCAAUCAUAGGUUUACAAUCUGUAAUUCGUGGAUGUUUGGUCAGGAAACAUUUCAGUAACUCGCAUAAAUUGAUACCGUCGAGAUCUAAACAAAAGCUGGUUAGAGAAAAUUCUGAAGCAAAUGACAUACCAAAUGAGCAGUCUUCAGCAAUGGCAGAGCUUCAAAGAAGAGUUGUUGACGCUGAAGCAAGUUUGGGGCAAAAACAACAGGAAAAUGCCACAUUACAGGAGCAAUUGCAACAGUAUGAGGCAAAGAUGAAAAAAAUGGAUGAGCAAUUACAACAGUCUGAAGCAAAGAUGAAAAAAACGGAGGAGCAAUUACAGCAGUCUGAAGCAAAGAUGAAAAAAACGGAGGAGAUGUUGCGAAAGCAAACUGCACCCCUGCAAGCAAGUCUUGCUGCAGCCAAAAAGAGUGAAGGCAGUGCUAUGGAAGAGGUUGGGGGGAGAGAAAAUGGAGUGAGCAGUCUGGUAAAGGAAUUUGAGCAGCAGAAACAAAGUUUUGAAGAUGAUAUAAACAAAACUACCCAACCUGCUUCUAACAUGAAUUCUUACGAAGAACUACGGAAACUGAAGCGCAGGUUCAGGGCAUGGAAGAAAGAUUACAAGGUGAGAUUAAAGGAAACUAAGGCCAUAGUCCGAAAGCAUAGACAUCAAGAUUCAGACAAAACACGAAAAAAAUGGUGGCCAAAUCGAGGGAAAGUGUUACAAAAUUGCGGCAAAUCACCAUCAUAGAUGGUUUCCAUUCUCAGCUACAGUUUAUUUACAUUUUUGGUAACAAAUAUAAACAGUUGUGUAGUCCAUGGACAUGGAGGCAGGGAGGGAGAGGUAUAUAUUUGUAUAUCUACCAAAUGUACAUAGACAGGAAUUUGUGGAGUUGAGACCCCUUUUAUUUUUUUUCUUCAAAUAGUUGGGUUUAGGGUUGUGUAUAUUCUUCUUCUAUUGUAAGUGGGCAAAAGAACUAUAGAGACUCUAUUGUAGUAGCUAGAUUGUAUUUUGUCCAUUUUAUUCAGAAAAUGGGUAAAUUUGUGUCUGUAUAUUUUAGAUAAAAAAGUAAAUUAAUCUUUUAUAUUAAAAAUUUUAUU